AUGAACUGUCGUAAUAACAAUAAUUUAUCAUUGUAUCGAUUAUCAUCAACGACUUCCUCUUCGAUAAUUUGUGAAUCAUUCAAUCCCGAGAUUCCAUACUCCUCCGAAUUGACAUCGAUCGAUUCAACGACGACUACUACUACUACUCCUAUUGCUAGUGCUGCCAGUACACUCACAUCAGCCACCAGUAGUAGUAUUAUCGAUCCGAUCAAUACUGAUACAAUUUUAAAUGAUGUAGACAAUGGUAGAAUUCAUGAAAACAACAAUUUACCGCCACUACUACUACCUGUACGAUGUAAAUCAUUAGAAAUAAAAUCCACAGAAAAAUCUCUAUUGAAUUCAACUUCAAAGAAACGUCAUCGAAGUACUGUGGACAAUCAAUGGAGUCGUUUGAAUCCAAUGAAUACUAUGUCAAAUUUAAAAUAUCCUCCUCAUCAUCAUCAUCAUGUGAAAAAUAAUUUAUGUUUGACGCCCAAUGGAGAAUGUAAUCUGGAUGUAAAGAAACGAAGAACUGGGGAAAAUAAUAUUCUUCAAACUGGUUCAAUAAUUCCUGAACAAUCUGUUUAUAAUUAUACAACGGAUACAAAAAAUGAAUAUGAAGAAUUCAUUCCUGAUUAUUCACUAGUGAAAUCUUUUCAUCAACCAAUCAACAUGCCUAGAGCAUCACAAUCACAUCAAUCGAAUUCAUGCGAACAAAUUGAAAAUAGUGAUAAACCAUUGACCAAUGAAUUAUUUACAAAUCAUGUAUCAUUAAAACAAGCGUAUAAAAAAGGAGGAGCUACAUUUGAGAAUAUAUCAACGACAGUUACUAAUAAUAGUAACAAUAAUCAUAAUAAUACUAAUAAUAACGCGUUCAAUGGUACAAUGAAUAUGAAUUGUCAUGAAUAUGAAAUAGACAAUGAAUUAUCAUCUGAUUCAGAGCUUACAACUGCUGCGUAUAAUAAUUUUGUACGUCGUGUAGUUGAUGAUACGUUAGAUCGUACAGUGACAUUCUGUGAACAACCACGACAUGCUAUUACAGCUUUAGAAAAUAUUUGUACAAGAGCAUGGCCCCAGUUAGAAGUGAAACGUCAUCGUAAUCGAAUACGCGCUUAUCUUAAAGCAUGUAGACGUAAUUCAAAAAAGAAUAAAGGUCAAAUAAAUAUGAAAGAACCACCUGCAAAUGGAUUGUCCAUUGAAGCCAGACAACUUGUAUCGAAAGCAUUAAAUUUAGUGGCCAAUGAUUUAGACUACUUAAGACAAACAAUGCAAGCAGAAAAAAUUAAGAAUGACUUAUUAUUUUCUUCAAAAUUAGACAAUUCCAAUGAAAAGUCAUCAUACACUACCACUAUUCUCAAUCAUAAACAAUCUCCAUCGAAUUAUCAUUAUUAUUCAUCAAAAAAAGAUUUAUCAACUAUCAACAGUAAAUCGAAUUUCGAUUUGCCGCCAGAUUAUUCUCAUCAAAAACAUGAUCAAUAUGAAUUGUACAGUAACGAUCAUAGUAUGAAAGUUCAUAACAAUAAUAAUACUAAUAGUAAUAAUAACAAUCAUAACAAUAAUUAUAAAAAUCUUUGGAAUGUAUCCAAUAAUUUAUUAACUGAUAUAAUCAAUCAUUCAUCGUUUCCAUUUACUGAUCCAUUAUUUUGGUCAAAUUCGCUAUUAGUUCAAAACACCAAUUUAGAUGGAAAUUAUUUAGCUACAGCUGCGGCGGCAGCAGCUGCUGCAACCGCGAUGGCCGCUGUGAAUCCAGCGAAUCUAUUGAAAUUAUUACCGGCUGCAAUCCAACUGAACAAUAAUAAUAAUAAUAAUCGUAAUGAUAAUAAUACAUAUCCGUCAACUACUACUACUAUUAGUACUACUACUGCUACUACUGCUGCUACUUCUGGUUUUUAUUCCUCCACUACCUCACCUUUCACAAUGUCCUCCUCCUCCUCCGGUUCAUCAAUAUUUUCAAAUUCACCUAGAUUAUUGAAUCAUGACAAUGGGAAUAAUAUAAGUGAGAAUACAAAUACUACUCAUAAUAAUAAUAGUAGUAGUAAUAAUAAUAAUAGUAUUGAUUUUGAUAUGAAACAUGAUAAACUGACGACGAAUAGACAAGGAAAAUAUUCUACAAGACAUAAAUUGUCAUCAUCACGCACAACAUUGUUUGAGGAUGAUCAAAUGGUCCAGGCCAAUAAUAGUAAUAAUAUUAAUAAUGGUCACUCUACAAGUCCAAAGUUAAAUGAACAGAGAAAUUUGUCAGUUGAUAGAAAUUUCAGCUUAGGAUCAGCAGAAAUCAUGAAACAAACUAACUUCAUUGAUUUUUAUCGUUCAUAUUUGUUGAAUGAUUCAAUCAAUAAUACUACUAAUAAUAAUAAUAUUAAUAAUAGUAAUAAUACAGAUUUCAUUCAAUGUUCCCCACCGCCUGCACAUAUUAGUUCAAUUCAAUAUAGUCCAAUAAUUAAUCAAAUUUUAGACAAACUCACCGAUUCCUCAUUGUUGACUCAUGAAGAUGUGGAUUUUUUUUUAAAAAAUUUAGAAAUUACCAAAACUGCCAUUAAACAAGCACGUUGUCGAUCUAAUUUAAUAUUGAAAAAAAUUGAAAUUUUAGAAAAUCAAAUUCAAUCCACAUCAAUCAAUUCAAAAAUAAUGCCAUUAAAUUUAUCUUGA